UCUACAAUGAUGCUCUCUUUAGGCGGUGCGCAUAAGCAUUCGUAGCCAUUAUAGAAGAAAAUAAUUAUUUAGUGCAUCUGUUAUUUGUACACAUAUAUUCUAAAUUUGCAGAUUUGUGAAAGUGCUUUCCGAUAUCUUUGUGAUUUGUGCUAAAUCUGUGUUUUAUGACCGGCGAGGUGGAUUCGCGCCAUUUUACCGAAAUGGAAGAGGACCGAACAUCGGAAACUGUCGUAAUGCCGGACAUUUCCGAACCUUUAACGAAUGAAUCCGAGGAACAUGGUGUUCUCACUUCGGAGGCACAUCAAACCGUUACAUCUGUCGCUGUUCCUGUUGCUUCUGUCCCUGUCACUCUCCCUGUAGGAUCUCUUAUUGGUGUUGCAAGUUCAGGAACAACAUUUAAUGUUAUCACGCCUGAUCAGUUGCAGUUGCCAGGCACUGCACAAUUUAAGCCUGUACUGUGCGUGGACAACAGUUUUAUAUGUGACACCCGGCAAGAUAAAGACACUGAACUACGGACCUGGGUGAGAACUCAAAACGGAGAACUGAAAGCAACACACAUUGUUAUCCAAAGCGAUCCCCAGACUGAUGAAAAUGCGCCAAAUACACCAAAUACACCCCUUGGACAGCGUGAAUCAUUUCCCAAUUCGUGGACUGAGUCUGCUAACUUGCCUGUACUUCCUGUCAGGUGCAAGAAUACAAGUGCUGAACUUCAUAAAUGUCGAUUUGGGUCAGGAGGUCGAGGAAGAUGUAUUAAGCUUGGUGAUUCCUGGUACACACCUAGUGAGUUUGAAGCUUUGUGUGGCAGGGCAUCUAGUAAAGACUGGAAAAGAAGCAUUAGAUUUGGUGGUCGCAGUCUGCAAACACUAAUAGAUGAAGGUAUUUUAACUCCACAUGCUACAAGUUGUACGUGCUCAGCUUGUUGUGAUGAUGAUAGUGCUACCGGGCCUAUACGCUUAUUCACACCUUAUAAGCGUCGCAAGAGGAAAGAUACAUCUGAUGGAGAAGGAAGUUCCAAGAAAUGUAAACAUUCAGCCUCAAAAGAUGGUAGUAAUGGGGAAGAUAGUGAUGCAGAACCUGGUGCAGUUGACACCAAAUCAGAAGAUGCAUGGCAAAAUGCCACAACAUAUGUUCAGAGCAGAUUGGGAGAUGGUAUGAUUGUUACAUCAUCUCCAACAGGAAAUGUUGAAUCCCCAACACAGUCUGUUGGAGAUGCCACUGAGUUCAGUUUAUCUAGAACAGAUCAAUUUAAGAAACUAGAAGAGAUGGCAGGACGCAUGCUAAAAUUGGCAUAUCAGUUCCGUCGAACUGUGGAAGAUGUGCGAGAUCAGUGCCAGAGAGAAGUCAAUCAACUCAAAGAAUCUAAAGAACAAGCUGUUCUAGCUGCACGAGUAGAGACACAAGUUGCUUGUAGCAGAUCUGAUACGUUACCUGUGCAAGUUGUAGAUCCUAUUGAAACAGUGGGAUUGCAGCCUACCUCUGAUGGUUCUGAAAGUAAGAAGUGUGCCAACUGUAAUCGAGAAGCUUUCGCUGAGUGCUCAUUGUGCAGACGUACCCCAUACUGUUCUACGUUUUGUCAACGUAAGGACUGGGGCAGUCAUCAAGUUGAAUGUGUUCGAAAUGCCACUGAUCCAAACCUUGGCCAACCAGGAUCAAUAAUGCUCAUUGUAGAAAGUUCAGAUCAAGUCUUAACUCAUCAAGAAUAAAUACUGAAGCUAAGAAUAUGCCAAAGAUAGGUUGUUGAACAACCACACAUUAUUUUUAUUAAGCGAUUGGCUAGAUUUUAUUGUCCAUGAUAAUGCUAUAUGUAACAUGAGCUGUUAUUUUUUGUAAAAAUUGCUCCAACACAGUAGAAUUUAUUUCCGUAUUAUGUCACUGGGAAAUUUAUUCUAACCAAGCACAUAUAAUCACCACAAAUUUUUGAUAACUAUUUUUGCCCUCUUUAUAUAGUGUUUUACUAUUACAUAUCUUUUGUUAAAAAUCGUUUGAAAUAAUGAAGAGAAUAUUUUCCUUCAGUAUGCUUCUUUAUAAACCUGGGUUUUUAUUUCUGGGCGCACAAGGCCAUGUUUUCACGAAGAAAUAUGUCACAGUAUUUUUGUACUGCGACCGUAUCGGGCAGUGCUGGCGAUCAUGCGACAUCACGCAGCACGACCGAGAAAGACGCAAAAUACCAUGAGAUAUUCCAUCAUGAAGACAAGGCUUCAUGCGCCAAGAAGUAAAAACCCAAGUAUAGUCAGUGAAGAUCCUCUUGAUUUGCUAGAAAAUAAUGUUUUGUAUAAUAUUUUAAGAACAGUACCUAAUUGUGCCCCUUACAUAAAAUGAAAAGAGGUUAUCAAUGUCCACUGUUUACAGCAACAUGACAAUUUGUUUGGUUUUUCAUAUAAUGGCAAACUUGUAUGGAUGGCAUUAUUUGUUUGAGUAAGAAUGAAAUUCAGAGCUGAAAAUGAAAAAAACUAUGGAAAGCAUAUUUGUGUCCUUAGUGGAUUCUUGUUGAAUCCAAGAAAUGCUAUUAACAAACAAUUAUGUUUCUAUCAAUGAUCAUAUUUAUAAGUAAAAGUUGCUCUGAUUCAAGCCAGUACCACUACUGACUUGUGAAUUGACUUUGCAGCAAUUGUGUUAUUAUUGUUUAUUACAGAAAUGACUUACACAAUAUUUCCAGUAGGAAAGAAUGAAAAGAUUAUUACCUUACAAAUUAGCUGGUCAUUUGAAAAAUCUACUUUCGAUGGCUAUUUGUUUCUUUUGUAAAUAUACAUUACCAAGUCCAUGAAGGUUUUGAAUAUAGUGUUGUGACAAUAUAUUUAAACAAUUCAUGUGUGUUGUGACAAAACAAAAGCAGAAGUGCAAAUUUUACAUCAUAGUAAUAGCUCAUGCAAAGUUAAAAGUAUUUUUUGUAAUUAAUUUUGAAUAAGAAUUGAAUACAUUUUUAGGGGUAUUGUGGGUAUUUUGAAAGUACAAAUACUUGUAUUGUUUGCUCUGUAUUUGCAUGAAUGUUUGAAUGGUAACAGACUCAAAGAGUUCUAAAAUCAUACUUUUUUAGUUGUGUGAAAUAAAAAGGAUAAUUGUUUUUGUCUUUGUUGUUUAUGUAAAUAUAGCGUGUGCCUAUAUAAUGAUGGACUAUUUAAUGGGGUUUCGUUUGCCACGUUUUCGAACCUCAAACACCACACUCCUUUUAUGAUUUCCUUUGAAUGUAGAUUGUCUUAAAGUUUUGCUUUAGAUAAAUGUGAAAGUGAAAAGAAAAAAGGUAUUUUUUCAUUGCUAAUAUGCUUACCAUGUAAAUGCCAGUUCUGAGAACUGGCAAGUGAUUCAUCUUCAUGAUUGCUUUAUUUUUGUUGAGAACAUGUGUUCAAGUAAUAAAUAUUUUCUUACUAAU